UACUCGUACUCUCGAACUCUUCAGUCUUCACCCAACAACGCGUUACUGGCCUUCUCCCUUCACCCGCGUCUCUCUCUCCCUGGAAAUCCCAAUUUACUUCUAAUUUGUCAGAUCUAAAGGCUUCCGAGUUCCGACGACAUGGACGCCAUAGACUCCGUUGUCGAUCCGCUCAGAGAGUUCGCUAAGGACAGCGUUCGCCUUGUCAAGAGGUGCCACAAGCCUGAUCGUAAAGAAUUUUCGAAGGUUGCGAUCCGUACGGCGAUCGGUUUUGUGGUGAUGGGAUUCGUGGGGUUCUUCGUCAAGCUUAUCUUCAUUCCCAUCAACAACAUCAUUGUUGGAUCUGCUUAGGUCACCUAGAGGAUUAAGGAUGCUGGUAGUGGAUCAACACAGUUGGAAGAGUGCAAAUUGUGCUUAAAGGAUUUCUUAGCAUUUAGAUUGUUUAAGAGUCUUUAGACUUUUUUCUUAAUUGAUACGCAAGUUAAAUAUGAUACUUGAGAUUUUGAACUUUUUUGUUGUCCCUCGAGGCUCUUCUCCUUAAUUGUGAUUGGAUUUACAGAUUACAAUAUCGUUUGAGAUAUUUCCCCCCGGA